AAACAGCUACAACAGCAACAGGGCAGGGGACAGCAGCAGCAGCAGAAGCGUCAGCACCGACAUCAUCAACAACAACAACAGCAACAACAACAACAACAGCAAUAUUAUUAUUGUCAUCAGCGGAAAGGAGUUGGAGUUGGAGUUGGUGUUGGUGGUGGUGGCCGAAGACAACAGCAACCUCUGCGUUUGACGCGCAGCAGCAACAUUGUCAGCUCGACAACAACAGCCGCUACAGCAGCAGCAACCACCACGGCUCGCUGGCACCCGCCCCGCUACGCCUUGGACGACUCGUUCAUCUACAUCAGCAGCGACGAUAAUGACGACGACCACCGGCGGACGUUCGAGGAUAGCGACGACGACGAUGAUGAUGAUGAUGAAGACGACGAGGAGGAGGAGUUUUUCAACGACGAAGACGCAGACGAUGACGAUUUGGUCCUGGCCUUGAGGAAAUGGCAGGAGGAGCAGGAGCAGCAGAGGGAACACUACGAGAACAUCUCCAUGCUGGACUAUGUGACGAGCAGCGAAGAGGAAGACGAAGAUGAUGACAAAAACGACAACAACAACGAUAACGCUGACGAUGACAGUGACGAGAAUUAUGUAGAGAGCGAGGACGAGCUGGUUCUGGCACUGAAAGCUUGGAAAGAGGACCAAGCCCGGUUGGCGUAUCUGCAGGAAAAACAACAGCAGCAGAAACUACAGCAGCAGCUACAGCUGCAGAAUUCUCAACUCGCGGUGUUGACUCCGGUGAUUGAGGAGCGUCCGUCAGCCGUCCAGUCCCCAGACUCUGCUACAGGCGGGGGCUUAACCUACCAGGGCCCAGUGGUCAGCUCGUUUUCGUCUUCCUCCACCUCGGACAACAAAACGUCUCAGUUCUGCGCGGGGAUCGCUCCGUAUUGGUGGGGGGACAUUAGCAGCGUCCGAGAGGGUCCCUCCUCUCCGCCUGUGACGGUAAAACACUUAGAACCCACGUCAAAAGCGGCGCAAAAAUCUUCGCCUUCGUCUCGCCCAAAUGAACACCCCCUCAGCGGAUUUUCGGACAGGAGUCAAAGUGCGACGAACGUUUCAAGACUCGGUGUAGGAUCAGGUGCAACAACGACCACCUCGAAAAAAUCCCCUGUAGGACAACCACAAAGCUCGGCGUACCCUCUGUCACCUUCAGCAGCUAACAGCUCGUCCUCUGCUUCGUGCACUUUGACCCCGAGCCAACUACAACUACCCGCGAACAUCCCCUCCUCACCUUUCUCAUCAUUAUCUCCUGUAUCAUUUCCACCAGCACCACCGUCAUCGCCUUUGUUGUUAGCGUCUCAUCACCCCCCGUCUCCGAAAAUCGAUGCUGGUAGCCCAAAUUGGAGCCAAAUCAGGAGCACUAACAAGACGGAGACGACAAGCCCUAACACAACAACGCUCUCUCUCUACCCUCUCCUUCCACUGGCUGGGGGCGGGGCUGCUACUGACGGAAGUGGUAGGCUUUCUGGACACCCUGGGGGCAGCGGCCUUUGCGUUGAUUCCGGGGCCGGGGAGGAAUCCUACGCUCACGUCAUAACUGGUUUAACGGCCCCAGGGCGGAGCGGCCAGCCGGUACUCAUUAGCAAGAACUCGUCCACGGGUUUUAGCGGACUCGCUGCUUGGCCAGCCGCCGGCCCCGCGGGGGACAGAGGCGACAAAUCUCCCUCCGGCCUGUCCUUACACUCCUCGUCUGCACCCGCGUACCAAAUACAAGCAGGAACCGCUGGGAAAUCCGGACUCAAAGGGUCAACAACGUAUUCUGCGAGUAAUAAAUCGGGUAGGGAUUCGGAUAGGGAAUCGAGUGAUAGACACACGCUUAGGAUUGUAGCCCCCACAUCCGGAAAUAGCGAUUCCGGGUAUUCGGGCACGCCCUCCCCAGUGCCGACGCCUAAAUCUGGAGGUAUUGAUAAAAUAGGGGAGUUUUUCAGGAAGUUUGGACACAAAUUAUCACCUCCAGUAACAUCGUCUUCUUCAAGUAGCAAAAGCCCUCCACCGUCUCCGAACCAUUCAUGGCGACAGCUGCAACAGUCACAACAACAGUAUCAGCAACAGCAACAACAACAACAACAACAACAGCAACAACAACAACAACAACAAGAACAACAGCAACAACAAAUGUCGCGAUUGUCGACUGACAUAAAAGGCACGGGGAAACUGUCUUCUUCCACCUCUUGCCUUCCCUCUUCUCAUCGGCGCACCGGGGCCCCCCACUCCCCCGCGGCCCUUCUCGUCGCUUCCCACGCCGUGUGUACCGCCACGAAAUCGGACCCUUGUGCCACGAGAGGGGGCCCCAAGCGCACUUACAACUCCUGGUGGGGCGCUCAAAACAGCAGCGCCAACCAAAACAACAACAACAACAGCAACAGCAACAGUAACAACAGCAACUCAACUUUAGUAUCGUCGUCGUAUUCUUCUUCAUCAUCGAGGACGCAAUUCGCUGGUCCCGAAAACCCGAACGCCGGACGGCCCUCGGCGGUUGUGAUACCGCCCCCUAACUCGUUUAACAUUAAUUCUUCUUCUUCAGUCUCUCCGCGUGGGACUGAAACGAGCAACAACUUCGCCGCUAGUGGUGCAAGGGGGACAACCGUGAAUUCUCACACUUGCCACAAGCCAGCCGCGACUAUCGACGCUGAUUGCACGACGGUCGGCACCGGGAGCGUUUGCGCGGGAAAAUCGAGCACGGGUCCUGCCGUCGUCUCGUCGAGCGCGCUCAACGUGUUUGUCGUCCCCCCAACGGUAGCGGAUCGAAGAGCGGCUGUCCAGCAGUUGCUGUCUCAGACGACAGCGGUGGUGGGUUCAGGCGGUGGCGGGAACAACAACAAGGCGUUUUCGGCUUCCUUCCCCGCGUCUCCACGCGCUACGGCCGGCUUUGUGAGUCCAGCGAGCGAGGCGGACAGCGGAGCGGGGAGGAAGUGCGUACAAGCUUCAGCGGGUGCCAACUUUGGGGACCGGGGAGGAGGUGGUGGUGGAGGAGGAGGAGGAGGAGGAGGGAGAGGAGGAGUUGGAGGAGGAGGAGGAGUAGGAGGAGGAAUAAGCAGUGGCGGCAGUUGUGGUGAGAACCAGACGACAUUAUCAUCAGUUGGUGGGGGGACUUCUCCUCUUCUUCUCACGGGCGACAGAUCCCCUUCGAGUUCGGCGGGCGUCGGCGCAAAGGUUAAUCAAAAACGUUUUCGUCUUACUCUGGGACAGGCGCACCAUCAUCACCAACAACAACAACAGCAACAACAACAACAACAACAACAGCAACAACAGCAACAACAACAGCAACAUCGUCAUCAACCGCUACAGAAGCACCUUUCUCUCCCGCUGACAGGAAAGAAGGGGACAGGAGAAAUCAAUAAGAAGAGUUUUGGGGUCUCGGCUAACGAGCUACAGCCCGGAUCUGAGGGCCCCUCUCAACAGGCCCCGAAGUUUUUUUUCACCGACAGUUCGGACGUUUUUAGAAAAUCUUUCGAUGCCUUGGACUCCAUAAAUGGGGAUAAUCAGCAGCUGAGUGCGAGCCGAGGGACGGCGUGGAGUACCUCUAACCUCACGGCGGCGGCUGCUAAUCAUUCUUAUAAUAACUCAGCGAGAAGCGGAGGACUCCAGGGUGCACGAAAGUCGCCCGUCUUUUCCGAAUCUGAGCACGGAGGCCAUUGUGACACCGGCGCGGAACGAGAGCAUCCCUCUUCUAGUAGUAGUACUAGUAGCAGAAUACGGACGUUGUUUGGAGGUAGCAGCGCCUCGUGUUUGAUUGGCGGUGGUGGUGGUGGUAGCGGUGGUGGAGGUGUGGAGUCACUUGGCCCGAGUUCGGACCCUUCUCUGUCUGGCGUGAGUGCUGGUGUUGGUGGUGGUGGUGGCGGUGGGGUUGUAGGAGGAGGAGGAGAAGGAGACAGAAGAGGAGGGACGACAACGGCCGAGGCGGAGACUGCGGGGUAUGUGUACAUGCGGCCCAUGAUUGAGGCCAAGAGGAGGGGAGGACUCGGCGAAAGCUCGUCUGAGAGGUCCUCCUCUACCAGCAGCGACGAGCGCGGGACGCUAACGGUACCCUCCCAGGACAGGAGCAGACGAGGCUCACACGGAACAUGCAACCAUCUAUUUUUAGAACAAGGGCGGAAAUCUCCUUUACCUCCCAAAGGGAGAAAAUCUCCGUCCCCUGUUCGAGGUCUUUUCAAAAACGUCGUCAACUCCUCAUCUUCGUCAUCGACGGAGUCGUCGUCCAAACACCAGCAUAAGCUUACGAAAGCCUUUUCCACGUCCUCCCCCUCAUCACCGCCCCCUCACCUACAACACGAGAAGGCGUCGUCCGCUAAAACCUCCCCUAAACACGCGGCGGCCACUAGCCAAAGUUCUUCCGAGUCACCGACCAAAAAGAACAUCAGCGCCGCCCCCGACUGCCCCCUACCCCCUGCUUACAGAGGUAGGAGGAAAUUUUCCGACACCGGCCUGACCCCUGUGCCAAAACGUCUGUUUAGCGAGACGCAAGGAAGGAGGGGCUCGCUCACGGAUGAGCGCACGCUCGUUUUUGCCAAGUGUAAACUGGGGAAGCUCCGGCAUCAAGGGCGAAAGUCUUCAGAUGCUGGUAGCGUCGCGGCGCUGGUCAAACAGAUUCACAACUUGUGGGGGGAGUGCGACGAAGAGGAAGACCAGCUGCAGAGACGGGAGUCUGGUGCAGGUUUCACGGGGAGUUUUGACGACCAGGUGCUUUACGAUAAACGUCGGAAAAAGUUUCCCUUUUCUCUGAGUAAAGACAAAGACAAAGAUAAAGAUAAAGACAGAGACAAAGACAGAGACGGUUCAUUCGGUGGUAGCGCGGGUAGCGUGUCUGGGCCCGCCGCCACGCCCCCUAUUGGUUGUGAUCGUAAGUUGCUGAGUCGACUCCCGUGCGCGGGUCACAGUGGGGGAGGGGACGGCGGCGGUCCUGAAACUGACGGAGGAAGUGUAACCACCUGUUCGGGGGAUCAUCAUCAUCAUCAUCAUCAUCAGCAGCAGCAGCAGCAGCAGCAGACGUUCACAACAGCAGCAGCAGCAGGGAAGAGCAAAGGCAAGUCUGUGGUGGAGAGCAGGGAUCAUCAAAGCUCUACUACUACUGCUGUCUCCUCGUCCGCUCUCAUCCCGCUCGCUCAAAGCUCGUCGGCGUCUUUAUCUGCCUCUCACCCCGGACUCUCUGCCACUAGCGGAGACGCCAGCUGUCAAACGCCUGAUAAGAUUUAUUACUCUGCACUGACAGACUCGGCCACCGGCGAGAUAAUCGGCCCCGGUGGCAAUUAUUCCUCAUCUUCGUCGUCCUCACUCCUCACACAACAGAUCACGACAGGAGGCGGAGGGGGAGGAGGAGGGAAUGGAGGUGGUGGUGGGGGGUUGUUAGUAGCUGCUAACGGUGCUGGUGUUGGAGGUAUUGUUUCUGGUAGUGGUGGUGGUAGUGUUGGUGGUUGUAAUAGUGUUAGUGGUAGUGGUGGUAGCAGUGGUGGUGGUGUGUUCGGAAUUCUCAGCGGAAGUGAAUUUGUGGCGCCUGUUGCCCAAGUGGCCAGUCGACAGUUGGUCGCUACAGCCGUGAGCGGGGCGGCUUGUCUAGUGUGCCCGGACGCUCACCCCGAUACUCUCAUCACGCGCGGUGGGGGCGCGGGCGGAGGUGGGGGCGCUACAAGGGCCGGCAGCAAUCAGCUGGUGAGUUGCGGGGUCCAGACAAAUACAUGCGCCGGACAACAACAGACAUUCGCGAGCGGAUCUCACUAUCUCAACAACAACAACAGCAACUACAACAGCAGCAGCAGCAACAGCGCUCUGCAAGCUACAUCAACUGCUUUGACGUCGUCUUCUUCUUCUUUUUCAUCAUCGCAUAACGCUCAUCCCCACCACCAACACCACCACAAUAGUGGGGGCGGAGGAUUAGGAGGAGGAGGGGGCGGUGGUGGCGGUAGUGUCGCUUUUGUUGACAGCAGUACGUGCACGAGUACUUUUGGAUUAGGCGUGAGUGGCGGCGGAGGAAGCACAACAGCUUGCAGCAGCAACAGCAACAACAGCAAUUAUGUCGCGGCCACGGGAUCUUCGUCAUCGUCAUCCUCCACCUCCACCCCCUCUAAAGCAGGAAAGCGCGUCGCCACCGUUCAGUUCCAGCCUGUAGGUAGUUGGGACGAUAAUUCCGUGGAGGGGACCAGCUGCUCCCCAGCGCACCGCUCGGUUCUCAAACAAGGCGCGAGACGCCACUCGUCCUUCGCGGGGUUCACGGAAGCCUCUGAGGAGCUCCACCACCCUCACACAGACUCAGGCCCGUCGGAACACUUAGUCUCCGUGCUGAAAAAACAAGGCAAAAACAGUUUGCCCAAAUCGAAAACGUCGGAUAACUAUAAAAGUAUUCUCAAACAGAGCGAUCGACCCGAACUGACACAUAUCGAUUCCACCGGUUCGUCGUCUCACGGCGACAAGAAGCGGGCGAAAUCGCCGUCGCCGAAAUCGAAGAAGAACGAGAAAGGCUUCGAUUACAGCCCCGACCCCAAAUCCUCGGAAAUCUCGUUGUCCCUGUGUCUCAAAGCCACUCGCAGUCUCUCGCCAAAAUCGAAAAAGUCGAGGGGAGACAAUCACAACAGAGACCGACAGGAUUCCCUCGAGUUAUCCUCAUCGCAGGCCACACCGCUCUCGUCGACCGACAGAGAAGUUCUCACCGACUCGGGAAACUGCUCCCUCGACCUGCCCACCAAAACGGUAGGGGUACAGGCGACCCCUCGUACUAUAGGCAAAACUUCCAACACAGGCACGCAGACUUCAGAACAGCUCUUCCGCCAAGGUUCAGCAGACGCUGAAGUUUCCGUGACCACCAACACUGAGACGUCGGGUUGGCUUCAGCGGCUAGCGGCCAAGUGUAUGGCUAGCGUCGGCGGUUCGAGUAGAAGCGGGGCGCCAGGCGGAGCAGCCGGGGGUUCGAGUCUCCCUAGAGCGGCGAGUGUGAGGGCUGAAUGGCUCCUGGGCAACAAAAGGAUGGGAUCAAACCCCAGCUCUCCUGUAGCCCCGGGCGGGGACGCAAGCGAGAAGUUCUGGGUACCCCAUGAUGUCAUCGCUAGGAAGCGAGCUCAGAGUCUGGUGCCGACCCUUUCCAAACAGGAGAGUGAGGAGG